UCCAUGAACAUUACAGAAACAUUCUCUAAUGUUCAUGCCUUUGUCCUUUACUGAUUUUGCCCAAAUCGUGUUUGCGAUAACACGCGUCUAUUGUCAAUAAUAUUUUCAUCAUUGAACAUUGUUUUUCAUCGCCAGUUGUUAAUAUUGUUACAGUGAACUCGGGCGGUUCAUCGUUUUAUCGGUACUUAUUCUUAAGUGUAUUGAGUGAUCAUUUCGAGUUUUCGUUAACUUACGCGUAGAACAAGUACUCGACUGUACGUUUGAAGCGGACGUCGUCGGACGCCAAAAAAAUGUACAAACUACCCAGCCUGGCGAAAAUGGCGUACUACGCGUGCGACAACAUCGACCGUGACAAGUUUGACUUGCUGGACGCGCCGGACAUCGAUAUGCGAAAUUGUUGCGAGUCGCUGUUAGAAUUAUUCAAAGUCGACAAAGACCAAGACGAGCGCAACGAUAGGCAGACAAUGUUUAGGCGGUCUCGGUUCGCCGUCAAUGACGAUAAUAUAUUUAAACACAUAUGCGAGAAGGCAGCGUUCAACGGGCACAUCGAUUGUCUGAAACUAGCACACGAGAUUGGCGUCCCUUGGGACACCGUGCCUGGAUUGGCCGAUUUCAGAGGUAAAGCGUGUGAUCUGUCGGCGAAAGCCGGCAAUCUGGAAUGUCUAAGGUACGCCUUUGAGAACGGGUGCCCUUGGGAUGAGGAGACGUGCAGCAACGCUGCGUUGAACGGUCACCUGGAGUGUCUCACUUACGCAUGGGAAAACGGGUGUCCUUGGGACAAGCAGACGUGCAACAGCGCCGCGUUGAACGGUCACCUGGAUUGCCUGAAAUACGCACGGGAAAACGGGUGUCCCUGGUACGUGAAAACGUGUGAAAACGCCGCAAUUGGCGGUCACCUGGAGUGCCUCACUUACGCACGGGAAAAAGGGUGUUCUUGGGACGAGGUUACGUGCAGCAACGCCGCAAAAUACGGUCACCUGCAGUGCCUAGCCUACGCCUUUGAGAACAGGUGUCCUUGGGACGAGGAUACGUGCAGCGACGCCGCAAAAUACGGUCAUCUGCAGUGCCUAGCCUACGCCUUUGAGAACGGGUGUCCUUGGGACGAGGAAACGUGCAGCAACGCCGCAAAAUACGGUCACCUGCAGUGCCUAGCCUACGCCUUUGAGAACGGGUGUCCCUUUGACGAGGAUACGUGCACAAACGCCGCGUCGAACGGUCACCUGGAGUGCCUAGCCUACGCCUUUGAGAACGGGUGUCCCUUUGACGAGGAUACGUGCACAAACGCCGCGUCGAACGGUCACCUGGAGUGCCUAGCCUACGCCUUUGAGAACGGGUGUCCCUUUGACAAGGAUACGUGCAGAAUCGCCGCGUCGAACGGUCACCUAGAGUGCCUGAAAUACGCACGGGAAAACGGGUGCCGCUGGGUCAAGCGGACGUGCAGCAACGCAGCAUCUAACGGUCACCUGGAGUGCCUGAAAUACGCAUGGGAAAACGGGUGUUCUUGGGACGAGGAUACGUGCAGCAACGCCGCAAAAUACGGUCACCUGCAGUGCCUGAAAUACGCACGGGAAAACGGGUGCCGCUGGGGCAAGCGGACGUGCAGCAACGCAGCGUCUAACGGUCACCUGGAGUGCCUGAAAUACGCACGGGAAAACGGGUGCCCCUGGGACGAGCUGACGUGCACCUAUGCAGCGAUGAACGGACACCUGGAAUGCCUGAAAUACGCACGGGAAAACGGGUGCCGCUGGGGCAAGCGGACGUGCAGCAACGCAGCAUCUAACGGUCACCUGGAGUGCCUGAAAUACGCACGGGAAAACGGGUGCCGCUGGGGCAAGCGGACGUGCAGCAACGCAGCGUCUAACGGUCACCUGGAGUGCCUGAAAUACGCACGGGAAAACGGGUGCCCCUGGGACGAGCGUACGUGCAGAUCCGCCGCGUUUGGCGGUCACCUGGAGUGCCUGAAAUACGCAAGGGAAAACGGGUGCCCCUGGGACGAGUAUACGUGCAACAACGCAGCGUACCGUGACCAGUUUGAUUGUCUGGUGUACGCCUACGAGAGAGGGUGUAAGUGGGACAUUGUAAAUUUCUUGUAUAGGUCAAGAUACAGCGGCUCGAAAUGCGCUGAAUACGCCCUCGAAUUAGGGUCCCGGGAGCGCCUUUGAUUCUUCGACAAUUACUGAACUCAAGUAAUAUCUUUUCACCAAUUUUUUAUUACCUAACCAAAAAAAAAAACUGUCUUUUUGUUAUGAAUUUAUGUUACGAUUCCUAGCGUUCUUUUUACAUAAAGCAAAUGUUUGAUAAUUAAUAUAUUUUUAAAGUUGUACAAUAAAUUUUUUUGUUUUAAAUGUA